UUCAUAGUGCAUCACUAUAUCUGUUCACGGUCGCGAGCAUCUCAAGAAGUCUGGUUUUUCAGAGAGUUCAGCUAUCAUCAGGUAACAACAUGAAGUUGUCGUUGUUGUUGAUGGCCCUGUUGGUGGGCCUGGCCACGGCCAAGAAAGACGAUGCGAAAGACAAAGAAAGUGUCGGAACAGUCAUUGGUAUCGAUCUCGGCACCACGUACUCGUGCGUUGGUGUUUUCAAGAAUGGACGAGUGGAAAUUAUUGCCAACGACCAAGGAAACCGAAUCACGCCGUCAUACGUUGCCUUCACCGCUGAAGGAGAACGGCUAAUCGGGGAUGCUGCCAAGAAUCAGCUCACCACCAACCCCGAGAACACUGUGUUCGAUGCCAAACGUCUGAUUGGACGAGAGUGGUCAGAGAAAUCAGUUCAGGACGACAUCAAGUACUUCCCCUUCAAAGUUAUUGAGAAGAACAAGAAGCCGCACAUCAAAGUCAGCACCGGCCAAGGAGACAAGGUAUUCGCGCCCGAAGAGAUCUCCGCCAUGGUUCUCACGAAAAUGAAGGAAACCGCCGAGACCUACCUCGGGAAGCCCGUAACGCACGCCGUCGUCACCGUGCCGGCUUACUUCAACGAUGCCCAACGUCAGGCCACCAAGGACGCCGGAACCAUCGCCGGAUUGAAUGUCAUGAGAAUCAUCAACGAGCCUACGGCGGCCGCCAUCGCGUACGGUCUCGACAAGAAGGACGGAGAGAAGAACAUCCUCGUGUUCGAUCUCGGAGGCGGAACCUUCGACGUGUCGCUACUCACGAUCGACAAUGGCGUGUUCGAAGUCGUGUCGACCAACGGAGACACCCAUCUUGGAGGUGAAGAUUUCGAUCAACGAGUCAUGGAGCACUUCAUGAAGCUGUACAAAAAGAAGUCCGGAAAGGACAUCCGUAAGGACAACCGUGCUGUACAGAAACUCCGACGUGAGGUCGAGAAGGCCAAGCGAACCCUGUCCACGGCUCAUCAGGCCAGAAUUGAAAUCGACUCGUUCUUCGACAGCGACGACUUCUCCGAGACCCUAACCCGAGCCAAGUUCGAGGAACUGAACAUGGAUCUCUUCCGUAGCACACUGAAACCCGUGCAGAAAGUCCUCGAGGACGCCGAUCUCCAGAAGAAGGACAUCGACGAGAUCGUUCUGGUCGGAGGCUCCACUCGUAUCCCUAAGGUCCAACAACUCGUCAAGGAAUUCUUCAACGGCAAAGAGCCCACCCGAGGAAUAAAUCCCGACGAGGCCGUCGCCUUCGGAGCCGCUGUCCAAGCCGGAGUUCUCGGCGGAGAAGAGGACACUGGGGAUCUCGUGCUGCUCGACGUGAACCCUCUCACCAUGGGUAUCGAGACCGUCGGAGGCGUCAUGACCAAACUGAUUCCGCGAAACACCGUCAUCCCCACCAAGAAGAGUCAGGUGUUCUCAACCGCGUCCGAUGAUCAACACACCGUCACCAUCCAGGUCUUCGAAGGAGAACGUCCCCUGACCAAGGACAACCAUCAACUCGGAAAGUUCGAUCUCACUGGAAUUCCUCCUGCACCUCGUGGUGUCCCUCAAAUCGAGGUAACUUUCGAGAUCGAUGUCAACGGCAUCCUCAAGGUUUCCGCCGAAGAUAAGGGCACCGGCAACAAGGAGAAGAUCACCAUCACGAACGACCACAACCGUCUCACCCCCGACGACAUCGAGAAAAUGAUCAAGGACGCUGAGAAAUUCGCCGACGAGGACAAACGUGUCAAGGAGAAGGUCGAGGCCAAGAACGAACUCGAGUCGUACGCGUACUCACUCAAGACCCAGCUGGGUGACAAGGAGAAGCUCGGAGGCAAACUCAGCGAUGACGACAAGAAAUCCGUCGAAGAAGCCGUCGAGAAAGCGAUCAAGUGGCUCGACAGCAACGCCGACGCUGAAGUCGAUGAACUGAAAGCACAGAAGAAAGAACUCGAAUCGGUCGUCCAUCCGAUCGUUUCUAAGAUCUACCAGGGAGCCGGAGGCCCUGGACCCGAAGCCGGUGACGCGGGAGACGAUUCGGCCAAGGACGAGCUGUAAAGCACCUUAGGAUUUAAGUUAGAAAUAAAACUGUAAAACAUUUUUUCAGAAACGAGUUCGAACGAUCGCGAGAGUGGUGGGUAAAAUUUCCAACUCCUCCUGGGAGUCGGCCGGGUUAAUUUAUUAUGAGUAGGCCUUCGGAUGUUACACGGAGAAAGAAGAAAACGCGAGGAUGAAGCUUUCAAUCAACAAACAUGAGAAAUUCCUUUGGUCAAGAAUAAUACCAGGCUGGUCUCCUCUGUAUAUAAACCUUGUAAUAAAUAAGAUAAUGAAUCUACACACUUUUCCAU